GGAAUUUAUAAGUUUGGGUUUCCCAUUAUCUUUUAUUAAGUUAUUGGGAACUAUAUACCAAACAUGUGUCCCAAAAAGAAGAGAGAUCAAAGUUUCAUCUGAAAAAUAAAACAAAAACACAGAGGCUAUGGCAUAUUCAAUUAAACUCUGUCUUCCUAUUCAAACACCAUGUUUUGCUCCAAAGACAGUAAGAUCAAAGACUUUGAUGCUUCAACAGAGUCAGGUUCAAGUUAAAGUCAAUCAAGUAACAGUUUCACAGCCUCAACCGAUAAGAUACUCCACCAAGAAGAACACUCAGGUGUUUGAAGAUCCAAUCCAAGGGAUCAUAUGUUACACAGAUGAUAAUGGAGAGGUUAUAUGUGAAGGGUACGAUGAAGGUCCUCGUUGUCCACCAGACAACUCAAUGGUAGCUUCUUACUCAAGAGAGGUGGAGAUUCUUGAUCUUCUGCAAAUAAAUUAUCAGGAACUGAGAGUUGCAUACAAGGGUGAUGGUCGAAGACAGGAAAUUGCUUCACAACAAGAGUUAGCAAUGAUCAAAUGGAGCAACUAUGACUUCCUCUAAAUUCUCUCUCAUAAAUCAAAAUCUGUUCACUUCACAAAGGCCUCUUGAAUAAAGAAUGUACAGAAAAAAGGCCGUGAAAGAAGCAGAUAUUUGCUUCUUUCUUGUUCUCUUUUGUAAAAACACAAACAUGAAUACAUGUGUCCAGAUUCUGAUUUCAUUGUUCUUGAAUGUUAA